UCUAAACGGUGAAGUGGAACAAAGACACAACAUAACAGAAAACAGCAACAGGAAACGACUUUGAACCAUAUUUAAAUUGGGAGAUUUUCAGUGGAUCAGUUUUCACCGGCGAAUGCGUGUUUCUUUCGAGGGGGAUCGGACAAGCGUGUGUAUUCUGAUCUCGCCCAGGGUUUGAUCACAGAGUUGGGUUUGGACGUCUAAAAGUUUUUCUACAUUCGCCUAUGACCAAGAUUUCAUUGGAGUGAUACCAUAUAUCAAUGAUGGGCUUUUUGUUUUGCUUUGGAUUGAAUACCCGUGUUUGCGGCCGAAGACAGUGAACGCCUAGGCACCGUGGAUGUUUAUAUUAUAAUAUUUUGGAGGCAGUUCCAGGACAUUAUUCCAGUAGGAUUUCCCAGGUGUCUGCUUUAAGUGCGCCAACAUGGGAUCGGUGUCACUAUAGCGCAACUUAUCCUGAGAUUUCGGCCAUUUGUCUUUUUGCUUCUGUUCGUUUCAAGUCUUUUCAAUAGUAGCGAUUUAAACAGCGUAUAACCUGUACCACCUUUGGAAUUACCACCAUGAACUUUGUUGUCAGUUUGGUACAAUUAUUUUUUGCGGCGCUCCUUCAUCUGACCGCAGUAAAGUGUGCUCAUAUACCCAAGGACGGAGUCAAGGGUAAAAACGAAGUUGUUCCCUUCAUGGAAGUGUACAACAAGAGCAUGUGUCGGUCACGGGAGACUCUGGUGGACAUCUACAAAGAGUACUCGAGCGACACAGAAUACACGUACCACCCGUCCUGCGUGGUUCUCAUGCGCUGUGCAGGAUGCUGCCCCGACGAAGCGCUCGAAUGUGUUCCCACGGAGACGCGCAAUGUCACUCUGGAGGUAAUACGAACCAGACAGCGUGUAUCGCAGCACGGGUAUCAGCUGAGUUUCACUGAACACACGAGGUGUGAAUGCAAACCAAAGCAAGAAGUCAAAGAAAAGAAAGAAAACCACUGUGGGCCUUGCUCAGAAAGAAGAAAGCGCUUGUAUGUGCAGGAUCCUAUCACCUGUAAAUGCUCCUGCAAAUUCACACAAUUACAAUGCAAGUCCAGACAGCUUGAGUUAAACGAAAGAACUUGCAGAUGCGACAAACCAAGAAGAUGAUUAGCGGAGAAAAGUGGUGGAGACCGAUUGAAGGAAUAUAUUUUUUUUACGUAGCACUUUCUUUUACACGUGAGGACGCAUUCCCUGGGCAGAUUGAAAGAGAAGAAAAACAACAACAACAACAACAACAACCGUACCCAACAAACUAACAACCGAAAGCAACAAUCGACAAAAACGCAUCACCACAAGAGAGAAAGCGUGAAAGAAAUCCUCCCAUUUUCCAGAUUUUAAUAUAUGAGUAAGUGUGUAAAUCUAUAUUAAAAAGAAGAUGACAAUGUGUACCGCUGCUAUAUAAAUUGGAAACACUACAUUCAAGUGAACGAAUGCACCAUUGGGUGCGUGAAUGGGAUUUUCUUCAGUGCCAGUGAAGAGAGACUGCUUACGGACAGUGCUGACUGUGGUUUUGCCUGCGAAAACAAAACCAAUAUUUUUCAAUGUAAUAUGUCACUGGAUAUGGGUCUGCUGUGGAGAAAAAAUAUCUAUAUGUACAGUAUAUAUGUAUGUAUAAUAUAUAUAUGUCUAUAUUUUAUUGAACUGAUCGUUACCAUGACUUCACUCGAGAGGUGCAACAAGAAGGUGUUUCCCAACGACUGUGGGACAUGGGGGGGGGGGGGGGGGGGGGGCGUUUGAGACACCUUCUAAUGGGACUGAAAAUGGCGGGUCCAGGGAACACAUGACAUGUCCCAUAUGUGGAACUCUUCUCCCUGUUUGAUGUGACUGCCUUCAAUUGCUGGAGACCUUCAUCACUCGUCACAGAAGACUGUACUGACUAACAUCCAAUAGAACCUGUUGGGUUGUGAAAAAAAAACUAUAUUUCUAAAGGGAUAUUAAUUAUAGGUAUAUAUAUAUAGAGACAGAGGUGAUCCUAAAAACAGCUUGAUUCCAUCCUCUGCCAGAGAAUAGUGGUGUGUACCAUGAGUCACAUUCGGUGGCUUGUUCAGUGUGUUGUGUUUGUUCUCCAAAGAAAUUAAAAUUGCACACUUUCUUAGACACUGUUCCUGGCAACAAAAUAACCACACCAUCUGUGUAUGCAUACCUAAUAAUAUCCUUUUUUGUAGUACACUACACCUAAUUUAUAAUGGUAGAAUAUGUUCAGUAUUCGCUGUAUUUAAGUUGAACCUAUUUAUAUGCAGUGUUCUUGUUCUUGUUUUUUGUUUGUUUUGUUUUGUUUGUUUGUUUGUUUGUUUUGCAUUUUCUCUCUUGUCAAUGUCAUGAGUCUGCCUGGCCUUUGAAAACAUGAAAACUGUAGACGACUUAUUUUUUUUGUUUUUCAAAAAAAAGAGAAAAAAGUAAGAAAAGAAAAUCAGAGAGAAAACAAAAACUUCAACAUUCCUGAAACGCUGUUUUCUGGCACACCUGAGAUGCCGUGGGCAUGGAGUGGUCAUGGAGUACGCACUCAGGCCACAUAGCCUCUUGUCUGUGAAAUGGGACUCUGUCGGCAACCGUGGCAACUGCAUGGCCCCGAAGCCAUGCUAACAGUGCCUUAUGGUACUAAAUGUGACUGAAAAUGCCCCAAAUCAACCAAUAGCAACUUGAACUGAGGCUCCCAGGAAGGACUAAGAUUGAGUCAGAGUUUAUGGAGAUUAUGAUAGUCCAGAGUCAUUCUCAGCCUUGUUGCUAACUGAUAAUGAUCCGGCAGAAGCUACUUUCAGCCCUCUUGACUAAUAAAGAUAAACAUUCUAUUGUAUUAAAGUGAUGAAACUGUUUUUGCUUUUGUUCCUCUUUUCAUGUAAAGUCACGUUUUUAGUAUAUUUUCACAGUAAUAUAUUUAUUUUGGUUUAAAGAUGAUAAUAUUAACAGUUUUUUUUUGUUUUUAGUGAGCAUUAAAACGUAUUUAUUUUAAAGAUAUUGUUUUGUAUUAAAUGAAAAAUGAAUUCCUGUGUGGGG